AUGAACAGGCGCUUGAUAGUUGUGGUGUUAUUUACCCUCUACCUACAGCCAGCAGCAGCAGCGAACACAACCAUGGAUCUCUCAUUCUCCGUGCCUCCAAUGGAGCAGUUCUACACUGACCUUGACGGUACCCUGCGCUGCUUUGAAUGUGCACUCUCUUACUGGGACUGCAUGUGUGCUUUCUCAUCGACGUCUUCAUACCCCCCUGCGCCUUCCAACGAGUCCUCGACGUACGAUCCUUUUCACGAUGACUACGCUGUCACAGUGGACCUCAUUGAGGUGCUACACUACGUAAACGAUUCGAGUCAGCUUCUCAUCGACGACACCGUUCAACUCAUGAACGAAAAUGGGACGACCGUGCAGCUUGACACAGUUCAAGCUCACGUCGACGACACAUAUCUACCUGGUUAUCGCCAACCGUCAACGUCACCAGCGGAGUCACAAUGUGUACCGCACAGACGGCAAGCACCACGAAAGAACGGGUUCAUUUGUACUGUGGAGGGCUGCAACAAGACCUUUGAUCGCAACUGCGAAUUGAAUCGCCACCUCAAGAUCCACCUUGGUCGUAACGAACGGCCUCACAGGUGCACGGUCUGCAAUGAGGGGUUCCUCUAUCCAAAGGAUCUCACUCGUCACCAGCGAAAGCACGUGAAGCAAGCCUCGGCCAAGAUCACCUUCUAUUGUCACGUCCCCGGAUGCACCAACACGGAAGGCUUCUCUCGUCGCGACAACCUCCUUCGCCAUCAUCGUCGUCAGCACGAGGACGUGGCUUCCCCAGCUGCGUAG